AAAGAUGUUUUAAAAGGAUACGAGAUGCGUUAGACUUUAUUAUUCAACAUUCAGCACAGCCUAAACACAGCCUUUACAAUAAUGGCAAUCAAAUAAUGGCGAUAAAAUUAAAUUUAGAGUAAAUAAGUAUUGUAUUUGUGUUUUAAUUUCCGUGCAGAGGACGUACGGGAGUAGCUAGAUGCAGUGGUGGUUUUCGUGCUGACAUCUUUGCGCUGCAGCACAGUUGAAUAACAUAGCAAGCUAGCUAAAGGUAGAGGUAAACAAACGCGCUAAAACAUACAAACCUCACCUUUUAGUUACAUAGAAAUCUUAUGCUAUGCCAUUGCAUCUGUCUAGUAUUCAGUAAUUACCGACGGUAUGGCAGCUUUGUUGUUGCAGGGCCGUGUUAACCUUUGUAGAAAAUACAGUAGAGGUUUAACGUGGACGUUGUCGAGGCAAAACUCUCACAUAUUAGCAAACAAGCCGAUAUAUAGCGAUAGUGUUAAAAAUGUGCUAUUCAGGUGCGCCAAUGUUAGAAAGAUGCUCAUUUCAAAAUCACAGCGGACACUUACAGGUCAGCCAGAGAAACUUAUACAGAGUCUUCUCUACAGACCUUUGAGUCCUGGCAUGGUGGGAAUCAGCAAAGAAUUAAUUAGGAACAACCUGCUGAGAAAUCCUGUUGGUUUGGUGAAUUUGUUAGGAGCAACAAACUUCUUCAGUACCUCUCAAUCUAAACAAGAGAAAAAUAAAAGUAAUGGACCAAAGGGAAAAACUCCAGAGGAAGAUGAAGAGGAGAAGAAACGUCGUGAGCAGGAGGACCAGAUGUACCGGGAGCGCCUGCGGACCCUCUUCAUUAUAGCGCUCAUCAUGAGCCUGCUGAACUCCAUCAAUACGAGUGGCGGUAACAUCUCCUGGAAUGACUUUGUCAAUGAGAUGUUGGCAAAGGGAGAGGUGUCACGCGUACAAGUCGUUCCCGAGAGUGACAUUGUAGAAAUCUACCUUCACCCUGGAGCAGUUAUCUUUGGAAGGCCUAGGCUGGCACUCAUGUACAGAAUGCAGGUUGCCAACAUUGACAAAUUUGAGGAGAAGCUGAGAGCUGCUGAAGAAGAGCUGAAUAUCGACACAAAGGAUAGGAUACCGGUCUCCUACAAACGCACUGGAUUCUUUGGGAAUGCGGUCUAUGCUCUGGGAAUGGCAGCCAUCGGCGUGGCUAUUCUCUGGUACAUCUUUCGUCUAGCAGGCAUGGGUGGCAGAGAGGGUGGCUUCAGUGCUUUCAAUCAGCUAAAGAUGGCCAAGUUCACCAUUGUGGAUGGCAAGUCAGGGAAAGGUGUGAGUUUCAAAGAUGUAGCGGGCAUGCAUGAGGCUAAGAUGGAAGUGAAGGAAUUUGUCGACUACCUCAAGAAUCCUGAACGAUACCUCCAGCUGGGAGCCAAGGUUCCCAAGGGUGCGUUACUGCUCGGGCCUCCAGGUUGUGGGAAGACUCUGCUGGCCAAGGCUGUAGCUACUGAGGCUCAGGUGCCCUUCCUGGCGAUGGCUGGCUCUGAGUUUGUGGAGGUUAUCGGAGGCCUGGGUGCAGCCAGGGUGAGGAGUCUGUUCAAAGAGGCUCGUGCCCGGGCACCCUGCAUCGUCUACAUCGACGAGAUCGACGCUGUGGGGAAGAAGCGCUCCACCAACAUGUCAGGUUUCUCCAACACUGAGGAGGAGCAGACCCUGAACCAGCUGCUGGUAGAGAUGGAUGGAAUGGGAACGACAGACCAUGUGAUUGUCCUCGCCUCCACUAACAGAGCAGAUAUCUUGGACAAUGCUCUGAUGAGACCCGGCCGAUUGGACAGGCACAUCUUCAUAGAUCUGCCCACCCUGCAGGAGAGGAAGGAGAUCUUUGAGCAACAUCUGAAGCUCUUAAAGCUGACCCAACCAGCUAAUUUCUACUCGUUGCGUCUGGCUGAGCUCAGCCCAGGCUUCAGUGGUGCAGACAUUGCUAACAUUUGUAACGAGGCUGCUCUGCACGCUGCCAGAGAGGGGUACAAGUCCAUCGAUACUUUCAACUUUGAGUAUGCAGUGGAGAGAGUAAUAGCAGGAAGUGCAAAGAAGAGUAAGAUCCUAUCUAAAGAAGAGCAGAGAGUGGUUGCCUUCCAUGAGUCUGGACACGCUUUAGUGGGAUGGCUACUUGAGCAUACAGAGGCAGUCAUGAAGGUGUCCAUCGCACCGCGGACUAAUGCGGCUCUGGGAUUUGCCCAGAUCUUGCCUCGUGACCAGUAUCUGUUCACCAAGGAGCAACUGUUCGAGCGAAUGUGCAUGGCUCUCGGAGGAAGAACCGCUGAGGCUAUCACCUUUAACAAGGUUACAACAGGAGCUCAGGAUGACUUGCGUAAGGUGACACGUGUGGCCUACUCGAUGGUGAAGCAGUACGGCAUGUGUGACAGUGUCGGCCAGGUCUCAUUCCCAGAAACGGAGGAGCAAGGUGCUGUUGGACGUCGGCCUUUCAGCCAGGGUCUGCAGCAGCAGAUGGACCACGAGGCUAAGAUGUUGAUCGCCCGUGCCUACAGGCACACAGAGAAGCUGCUAAUGGACAACAGAGACAAGCUGACAAUAUUGGCCAACGCGCUGUUAGAGCGUGAGGUGGUGAACUACGAUGACAUCGAAGCUUUGCUGGGACCUCCACCCCACGGGCCUAAGAAGAUGAUCCUUCCACAGAGCUGGCUGGAGGCUGAGAGGGACAAACAAGACACAGGAGAGGACGAACCUCCGCCACCUCCCCGCAAACACAAUGAGGAGGACAUGAACCCACAGCUGGUUUGAUCUUAAAAUGUAUUGUCUCAGAAUUAUUUCCCAUCUGCUGCGUUUGGUGGAGUGAGUGACUUUUAUGAAACCUGGCGUUGAUUCCUCACGUUAAAGCUAUAAAUAAUAAAGUCUGAAAGUUAAACUAUGUUUCAUAAAAGUUUCAUAAAACACUGCAAUCCUUGUAGCCUCUCUGCAAAUAAUUAUUUGCACUUUUUUCCAGUUAGAUCAUUUCAAUAAUCCGAAGCAGGCCUAAACAAGCCAGUGCUGAUGAUUUUGGGAAGAAUUCCAUCAUUUUUCUCAUGCGCUUGUUGCACAGACACAUUACUAUGCCAUGCAAGCAGCAAUAACAAGUCUAUUUAAACAGGAUGUAUCUAACUAGCCUAAAGUGCAAAUAGUGUAGAAAAGCCCUUUAAUCAACAUUUACUGUUUGUGCAGUCAACAAUGACAGAAUGUGUCCAACACAGUGUGGUGUUAGAUGAAAGUGGGAUUAUUUUUCCGCAAACAGAGCAAGUACAGGUUUGUAUUGCACUUGAAAAUGCACAUUAUUUCACGUGUGCAGAUGAUAUUGCAAGGAAGCUUCUGGACAUCUGUUACUCCAGUUAUUCUAUGCAUAAAAAAGCGUCUUUAGGGGUGAUUUUUCUACCUUGGCAGAGAGUACAUAUGCACCAAAUAUAUUUGCAUAAAUUCAGGUAACUCCUGUGUACACAAACGCGUUGAAGUCUGCAUUGUUGUGUUUGAUAUCCGAAUGACCAGCAUUAAACUAUACUCAGUUUUUCACAAAGAAGAAUCACAACUGUUUGUUUGACAUUUAUAUAUAAGAGUGUGAACAAGAGUCAUCUAUUGACUGAGUUGGAACAGUAGUGGUUAAAAUUAAAACAUAUCCUUUUCUAGGAAAACUUCUGUUUGACAGCUUCUGUUUGAUUUGUUAAUUUGACUGGACAGUUCUUAUGAUUAGUAAUUCCACCCUGCUGCGGUUCUGUUUACACAGUCAUAGUUUUGCCAAAAAAUGGCAAAAUUUCCACUUGAUCUUGAAACUGAUGACAUGACAUGAAAUCUGAAAGAUGCUAGUUGGAUAGUGAAGAACUGGAUUAUGCUGCAGGAGUUGUUUUCUUAGUUUCUUAGGAUGUUUUUAAGCUGCUAUUCUGCUGUAAAAACUGGCAUUGGAAUUUAUUGUAAUAGACUGAAUUGUCCCUUGAGAAUCGUGUUUCAUGCAGAUUUAGGAAAAUCAUUUCAAGGCGGACAUUUAAAAGUGUCUGUCAUGCAAAUUGACGAUUAAGCAGCAGAUAACACUCCUAAUCCUUUGGUCGUCUUCUCACUGUGAAACAUACAUAUUGAGGAUGAGAUGGGUCAGUUUGUGGCAGUGUUUUGUCUGGAACAAGAUCUUUGUAUUAGGGGCUGUGUAUUGGUUUGAUUGACAAAAGUGAAUAUGAAGUCCCUGGAUAGUCUUGCUUAAUAUUUAAAUAAAGUUUUAUUUAAACUUC